UAUGAUUAUCUACAUGUACAAAGGAACCCUGCCUUGGUAAACUUAUCAUAAUGUGGCAGAGAAGGAAAAGACUAAAAUGGUUGGUUAGAUCAAAUAAUAAACAUCAUUAGAAGAAUUGUGUAAGGAUUGUCCUUAAGAAUUUUAUUAGUAACCCUCAUUCAUAUGUAGGUAUUUCCAAUAUGUAAAGCAAUUGCAAUACAAAUCUACUCCUGAUUAUAGAUAUUUACAUUCCUUAUUUGAGUAAAUAUCCAUAAACAAUGGAUUCAAACAUGAUAAAAGACUUGACUGGACUGAAUUCUCUCAAGGGACCACUAAAAUCUCAGGAGAAUAGACCCAGCAAGAUACAAGACAACCAGUUAGGUCGUCUAGAUAAGAUGAUAAAUUUAAAAAUGUUGACUACAUUCCAUCAUAACGGUACAUGUCUUAUUUCAUAAUCAGAUCCGACAUUAAUAAUUUACAAAAAGCAAUUAACAGCAAUAGAAAUAGAGGUAGACAUCAAUCAGAAUAAUGCGUCAAUAAAAGUAAUAACAGUGGAAAUAGUUUCUCAUCUUCGUAUAUCAAUAGUUAGCAAUCUUCCAUUCUUUUAAACUAUUAAAACUCAUAAUUUUCUCAAAGUAAUAUUAGAAUAGGAUCCUCAAAACUAUUAAGCAAAUUAUAAGAAAGGGGAAUCAUCAGUUUACAUUAGGAUUCCAAAGGAUCUCUAAUUUAAUAGCAAUCUUCUAAAUCAUUUCAUGAAAGACACAUGUCCUCUCACUUACAAUAGUAAUUAAUGCCUCAAUAGCAGCAGUCGUUUCAUAACAAUAGUCAGAUCAUGUAACUCUAAUAAGAAGACUUUUAAGAUUUAGAGGAACUUGAAGAAAGACUACAAAAAGAUAAAAAGUCUAAGUAAAAUAUACAUUAAUCAAGAGUUAACGAAAUUAGGCUCAUAAAAGCAGCAAACCAUUAAAAGUCAAAGAAAUUCAAAAUCAUUUUAAGCAAUCUGAUAACUAAACUGAUUUGUAAGGAAUGACAUAAUUAGAAGAAGCAAGUAUCGAAAACAAGCUCUAAAACUACACUUUUAAUGCUCCAAAAUUAAAAUAAAACUUAGCUAAAUAUUGA